GUUAAAAUAUGUUUUCUUAGCUGCAAAUUCAUGCCUGAGUAUUAAGUGUGUGUAGUAAGGCGCCGAGGUGGCCGAGUGGUUAAGGUGUCCCGACACUUUAACACUAGCCCGUCACCUCUGGGUUGCGAGUUCGAAACCUACGUGAGCCAGUUGUCAGGUACUGACCAUAGGCCGGUGGUUUUUCUCCGGAUACUCCGGCUUUCCUCCACCUACAAAACCUGGCACGUCCUUAAAUGACCCUGGCUGUUAAUGGGACGUUAAACAAAAACAAACCAAACAAACCAAAGUGUAGUAAGUUUUAUUGAAAUAUGAAUAGUAUAUAAAUAACAGUAAGAGAGACCAUGAAAGGAAAUUUUUAGAGAGUAUACAAAGGAACCAUAUUAUUAAUAGAGGUAUAUUUAAGUACAUGUAAAUCGAAUAUAACUCCAAACUUGGACCUUAAACUUCCAACGUAUUUACCUUAUUGCUUGUCGCAACAUUUUCUGGAGGUAGCAGUGACGGACACAUCAUGCUCCCGUUUGGUUCAAGUCAAUAUCUUCAUAUUUUAAACAUAAAACGCAGGAGACAGGAUAAAAAAAACUAUCGUCAUUUAACCUGACUGUGUGUACCUAAUACACAUUCAGCAGAGCGAGAAGCCAUACAUGCGGUGUCUAUAUGGACGGGAAAGUUAAUAGCCGAUAACCUUAUCUUACCUAUAUAACCAGAGAUGAGACGGAACGCGCAUUCAUAUUUUUAUCAUUCAAGAAACACGUUUACUAAGCAUUCAGCCUACAUGUCUGAUACAAACUGCUUAGUCGUCGACGUUGUUAUCCAACAGGGAGAUGUCUUCAGAAUCGACGGAGCUUGUUUCUCUCAACGGGACGGAAUUACAGGAAAGUCAACUCAAUUAUUCUUCACUGCGAGAAAAUAUCGAACCAAAUGAUGACAGUCGCAACCAAGAAUAUAUAACGAAGAACAAGGAUAUGUUGACAGAUUUUCAAGGAUUUAUGCUACUCCUACCAACGUAUAUUGGAAUUGGAUUUCUUGGACUCCCAUAUAUGGUCAAACUUCUUGGCCUCUGGUAUGGAAGUGCUGGACUUCUUUUAUUUGGAGCUUUGAACGAAAUUGGAGUUUUGAUGUUAACAGGAAGUGUCUCUCGUUUAACAGAAAGAACAGGUGAGAGGUUUAGUGAUUUCGGAAGAGCAGCGGAGAUGAGCAUGAAAUUGGGACCUCCAUGUUUACAACCUCACGCCGGAAAAUUCAGAUUGUCUAUCGACUUAUGCAUCAUUAUACCUUAUGGUCUAUUUAUGCCUGAUCUGAUUGCCGCUAUGAAUCUGUUUUUAAAAGACUUCCUGCAUCAAUACAUCGAUAUAAAUGAUGCGCUGUCUAUAAUUGGAAUUUCUGGGUUACUAUUACCGAUCUACAUGACAAGGAGAAUGAAGCUGCUGUCAUAUUUAGCAACAAUUGGGAAUAUCACUCUCUUUGUGAUAAUUAUAAUAUCCUUCCAGUACAUCUGCCAAGAUCUGCCAGACACCAAAAUGCGACCAGCGGCCAAACUCGUCGAUUUUCUAUCAUUUACAUCUUUCGUCAAUGAUGUAAUGUUUUCCUAUGGUGGAAUAGCUUUGGCUUUACCAAUACGGGAGAGAAUGAAGAGUACGAAGCAUUUUGACGGCUGGAAUGGUGUGCUUGGACUUGCUCUCAUGUUUGUUAUAAGUUUUCAUGUUGGCUGUGGAUUUUUUGGGUACCUAAAAUUUGGAGAAAUUACCCAAGUUAAUUAUAUAUUAAAUCUGCCACAUGAUCAAUGGAUAUACAAAUCUUUGAAGAUGCUUUCCUUUCUCACUUUGUACUUUACCAUCGGGACGACGGUUUUCAUCGUAACAGAACUCGUGUGGGGAUAUUUAAAGGACAAAUUCAGUAUGGAACUCAUUCAGAAUUACGGAGAAUACUUCUGUCGAUUCUUUCUGCUGAUUGUUUCUUGUGCAUUCACAAUUUUGGUCCCAGAAUUGGAACUGCUUAUUUCAUUGACGGGAUGUUUUGGCCCAGUUUAUCUAACACUUGUUGUUCCUAUGGUCAUCACGUUACUGACACUGUAUGCCGAGGAGGAACCAUCGUUACUCGUUAAGAAAUUGAAAAGAAAAGUAUCAAUAAUGUGUUUCGUAAUAUUAUUAAUAUUCGGGAUAUACUCCAUGAUUGCAGGAUUCAGCGUCGCUCUGUAUACAGCUCUUUAUCAUAUUGUACUGUAAGAUCAGUAUGCCUAAGCUCAAAUUCGCAAUCACAUUAAUACAGGGCAAUCGGUAAUUAGCAUUUUAAUGUAAGCCAACUUGUUUACAAAGAAAAAAUUAAUAUCAAUCCUCAUUCAAAGUGGAAUUUUUCAGUGAAUCGUUUAGCGGUAACUGGUAUUGUACACACAAUAAUUUAGAUACUCUAAGGUAAAAUUCCUUGUUUUAAAGGAUUUACUUUCCAUUUGUAGCCAUUUUCCUUUAAAUCAUUAGUUGUUAUUGUAGACGAACUCGAAUGGGGAUAAAGUCAAUCAAAACUGUCUUUGUCCAUUUAUUCUACAGAUUAUCUGUUGUAGACCUACCAGCAAAUAUAAAACUAGACAAUUUUAACAAGAGAUCCCAGAGGGAUCUUGGCGCCCACUGUUUAACGAUACAUAUCGGUGAAAUGGAAGACUAAUAUUUUCUUCGCA